UUCAGUCUCGUUGAGGAAAGUUCUUUUCGAAAAUUUGUUGCUGUUCUUGAUCCUCACUACGAGUUACCAUCAAGAACAACUUUAAAAAAUGUUAACACGGAAAUGCGCUACAAGGAAAUGACUGCAAAGUUGAUGUCAAUAUUACAGGAUAUUGAAACUGUAGCUAUCACCACUGACUUGUGGACGUCAGUAGCAAAUAUGUCAUACAUUACUAUAACAUGCCAUUUUGUUGACGACAAUUAUAUUUUGCGUUGUGCUGUUCUAUCCACAAUGUCCUUAAAAGAUGAAACAAACCACUCCGCCAAUAAUAUUGGUGACACAUUAAGUGAUGUGCUUCAAAAGUGGAACAUAUUGGACAAGGUUUCCACAAUUGUGACUGACAAUGACAGAUCUAUGAUCAAAAUGUGUGAAAAUUUAAAAAAACGACAUCUGCCUUGUUUUGCCCACACUCUUAAUCUUAUAGUAAGAGAAUGUCUUUCAGUAGACAACAUUCAAAUUGUAAUAAUCAAAUGCAAAAAAAUUGUCACAUAUAUUAAACAAAGCAACAUCGCAUAUGCGAAAUUCAAAGCGGCACAGUUGCCAAACAAAACAUAUGGCUUAAAGCAAGAAGUGCCUACCAGGUGGAACAGCGCCUAUGCCAUGUUAGAGAGAAUACUUGCGACCAGAGAAGCACUUGGACAAGUUCUGCUGACCACUCCCAAGUCACCGCCACAUCUAACUGCGGAAGAAGUAAAUGUAAUAAUGGACAUUGUAAAGCUGCUCGCACCGUUUAAUGACGCUACCCAAAAAAUAUCGGCUGGAGCAACUGUGACGAUUUCUCUAAUCAUACCAUUUGUCUGCGGACUAUUAGAAAAUAUGGAGGAUAUCAAAACAACUCUUCGAACGGAUGAAGGCUUUAAAAUGCGUGAGCUUCUCGUGGCAAAUAUAAAAAAAAGACUUUUAGAAUACGAAAAACGCACACCAACUAGGAUUGGAACUCUGCUCGAUCCUCGUUCCAAAAAGGAAGCAUUUUUAUCGCCUUUGAAUGUUCAAGAAGCCACAAAAUUAUUAGAGAAUGAAAUAUCUAAUAUAAACAGGAGUCUGGAUAUAACGCAGGAAACUUCAGAACCGCCAACACCAAUAGAAUCAAGCCAACCACUGCUUAAAUUUUUAAAAAGAAACAUCGCGCAAAUGAUAAAAAAUUGUCGAACUGAUUCUAUUAUAACCCUGCGACAGUACUACCAAAGUGCCAACAUUGACGAAAAUCGAGAUCCGUUGAAGUAUUGGAAACGAGCCAUCAACGACACAACUCUCCAAUUGUAUGCCAAGAGAAUUUUGUGUGUUCCAGCAACGUCAAUUGAGAGCGAGAGGAUUUUCAGCAAAGCUGGAAUUAUAAUUUCAAAUAAAAGGGCAUCCCUUAAGCCCUCAAAUGUGGAUAAAAUAGUGUUUCUUAGCAAAAAUCAAUGGAUAAACGAAUAA